GCGAAAGUGUCAGACUUUGGUUUGCUGAGAAUGGGCGACGGCAGCGGGUCACUGCAGUCCACUCGAGUGAUGGGCACACCAGGCUAUGUGGACCCCGUCUACUCCAUCACUCACAAGGCCACUCCAAGUGCUGAUGUGUACAGCUUCGGAAUUCUUAUGAUGGAGCUACUGACCUGCAAGCAUGUCGUGCAGCUAUGUGAAAAUGGUUCACAAAUCAACAUCAAGGACUGGGUGGAACAAGAGGUGGAAAGAGGGGGAAGUGCGUCUGUUGUCAGCAGGGAUCUCAAUGCACCACAUGCCCAAAAUCGGCCUCGCUUUGCCGUCGCGGCGUCACUCUUUGCAACGUCGCCUUCGCGCUCGCAACGAAACACCCUCCCAUCGCCCUCCUCUCUCCCGUCACCCUUCCUCUCUCUCGUCGCCUUCCUCUCUUUUGUCGCCAUCCUAUCUCUCGUCGCCAUCCUCUCUCCCGUCGCCUUUCCUCUCCCCCGUCGCCUCUCCUCUCCCCCGUCGCCUUUCCUCUCUCUUUUCGCCUUUCCUCUCUCUCGUUGCCCUCCUCUCUCUCGUCGCCCUUCCUCUCUUCCCGUCGCCCAUCUUCUCUCCCGUCGCCCAUCCUCUCUCCCGUCGCCUAUCUUCUCUCUUGUCGCUUAUCGUCUCUCUUGUCGCGAUCUCCAUUCCCUUCCCCUCACCCGCCAUCUCCCCACCCCUCCCGUCGUUCUUCCUCUCUCCCUUCCCCGGCCGUCGUUCUUCCUCUGUCCGCUCCCCGGCCCUCGCGCUCUCCCAACCCACCCCGUCGUCUUCGCGCUCGCCGCGAAACGCCCUCUCGUCCCCCACCCAAUUUCCCCUCUCAUCGCCCACCUCUUCGCCUUCGUGCUUUACCACCCUCCAGUUGUUUUUCCUCACUCCCCUCCUCUCCCAUCGCUCCCACUGCCCCCGUUCCCUUUUUGCCGCCUUCACUGUCCUCCCUCCCCACUCCCUUCCUUCCCAUCUUUCUCUCGCCCCUCUCGCCAUUAG